GGAAAUGCUAAUAUGCAUAUGAAAAUCAGUAUCUGGUUCGGUUUUUGGACAAAUCUUUCAAAAAAGAUUCAGGGUUUGGCCAGAACAUAAAAUAGAGGAUUCCUUGCACCCCUAAUUGCUUUGUCCCAAGAGUGUGGGGAGAUCGGGCACCAGUGCAAGCCGAGUAAUUGUGCACAUAGACAUGGAUUGCUUCUAUGCACAGGUUGAAAUGAUCCGAAACCCAGAACUGAGGAAUAAACCCCUAGGGAUUCAGCAGAAAUAUAUUGUGGUCACGUGCAAUUACGAAGCCCGAAAGUUUGGGGUGACAAAGCUGAUGCUGAUCAAAGAUGCGAGAGAGAAAUGCCCGCAGUUAGUGCUGGUUAGUGGGGAAGAUCUGACGCCCUACAGAGAGAUGUCUUACAGAGCUACCGAACUGCUGGAGGAGUUCAGCCCCCAGGUUGAACGACUCGGGUUUGAUGAAAACUAUAUUGAUGUGACCGAGCUGGUGGAUAAGAAGUUACAGGAGGAGCGUGGGAAUGGCAGGAACCCUGGGGUGUGCGGCCAUGUGUACAGCGAUCAGAAGAUGAAUGUAAACAACUGGGCUCACGUGAGGAUCGCGGCAGGCUCUCACAUCGCGUCAGAAAUCAGAGCAGCGUUGUACAACAGACUGGGUCUCACUGGGUGCGCUGGAACCGCCUCCAAUAAGCUUUUGGCCAAAUUGGUUUCUGGGACACACAAACCAAACCAGCAAACUGCGCUGCUCCACGAGAGUCACAGUCACCUGAUCAACAGUCUGGAUCAUGUCAAACAAAUCCCUGGGAUUGGCUACAAAACCAGUAAGCGCCUUGAAUCCCUCGGCCUGAGCAGAAUCAGUGACUUGCAGGCCUGCCCUAUUACAUUGCUAGAAAAGGAGUUUGGUAGUUCAGUCGCUCACCGAAUCCAGAUGCUGAGCCGCGGAGAAGACGAUUCAGCUGUAGUGCCGUCUGGGCCUCCCCAGUCCAUAAGUGAUGAAGAUUCCUUCAAAAAAUGUUCCACAGUGAGUGAAGUGAAGAUCAAAAUGGAAGAAAGACUGAGGAAUCUGUUAGUUAGGAUCUCCAAGGAUGGAAGGAUCCCCCACACGCUGCGGCUCACUAUACGCCAGUUCUCUCCAAGCAACAAGUGGUUCAACCGAGAAAGCCGCCAGUGCCCUAUUCCAGCGCAUAUCAGCCAGAAUAUUGGCGCAGAGUGCCAGGCCGUUCCCGCCCUGAUGGAAUUACUAAUGAGGCUCUUUGAGAAGAUGAUCGACGUGAAGAUGCAGUUUCACCUGACGCUCCUUAACGUUUGCUUCUCCAACCUGAAGGCCUCCAACUCCACCCGCAGCUCCAUUGGCUUUUAUUUAACUCGAAAGGCACCACCGGCGGCAGCGACUCCACUUAAGGGAUCUACGGAAGCUGAACAACACACAGCAGAAAGUUUCCCCCUUAAGGAGAAUUCUUCGGCCCCUCAUACAGCGCCACAGACUGUAGGCCAGCCCACCGCCCCUGUACCGACCAAUCAUCACACAAUGUUGGAGACCCUUCCUGAGGGCAUUGACCUGGAAGUAUUCAGCCAGCUGCCUGAAGAGAUACAGCAGGAAAUCAUUGCGGGUCAGCGCCAUGCAGCAGCAUCAUCAUCCUCGUCAGUAAGAAGUGCCUCAAAAAGCCAGGCAGCGCCCCCUAAGGGCAUCCUGAAUUUCUUUUCCAGAGCUAAAGCAGCUGAUCUGCCCAGCCAGUGUGAUGGGGUCUUGUUAAAGGAACACUCACAGACUAACCGGGGUUCUACUGAGGCAACUCAAGGCGCCUCCUCAAACUUUCCUAAAGGGGUAGUAGAUGUUCGACCUACUGGGAGUCUCUGGGACCCAAAGCAAGAAAUGCAUCCAUUCGGCCAAAGUUAUGAUACUGACCAAUCAGCAGAAAGAUGUGGCACCACAGCAGAGCCUAUGGAUUCAUGCUGUUCUUCUUCCACUUCCUGUGGGCAGCUCCCCCCGCAGAGUGCAGAAAUGGAGUGUGCCAAGGCUGGGGGUGACCAGGAGAGGGCGCCCUUUCCUCACAGCGUUGAUGUCAAUGUCUUUUCCCAAUUGCCCGAGGAGGUGCAGAGGGAACUGAUGGCGGAGUGGAAACAGUUAAAGCCCACCCCGAAAAUCCCAGUGAGGAAACAGAGUGAGAAGGCGAAGGCCUCAAGGGGCAAAAGGACUGGGGCAUCAGCGGGGGCCAGCAGCCUGCUCAAGUAUUUCAAGCCCAGUUAGCCCCCCCCCCUCAUUUUAGCUUCUAUCAAUAAACCACCUGCUGUGUAAAAAGAUAGGAAUAUUUUCCCUGUGCCUAAAGGAGUCAUUGUGCCUACUGCUCUCUCUACUCUGUAUGUGUCAUUUACAGAUCUAAUAACCUGAUUGGUCUCCUUAAUGAUCACAUGCCCCAGCCCUACCCCACUAGUGACAGGUUUCCUUGCAUCUUUAAAGGAUAGUUCACCUUUAAGUUAUAGAAUGGCUAAUUCUAAGCAACUUUUAAAUUGUUUUUUAGUUUUUACCUUUGAUAGUUAUCUGCCUUCUGCUGUCAACUCUUUGCCACUUUCAAAUGGGGGUCACUGACCCCGGCAGAAAAUGAUUGUUCUGUGAGGCUACAAUUUUAUUGUUAUUGUUGCUUUUUAUGACUUAUCUUUCUAUUUAGCCCCUCUUCUAUUCAUAUAUCAGUCACUCUUUUAAACCAUUCCCUGGUUACUAAGGUAAACUGGACCCUAGCAACCAGAUAACUGCUGAAAUUCCAAACUAGAGAGCUGCAGAAUAAAAAGUAAAAUAAUAAAACAAAACUACUAAUAAUAAAAAAAUGAAGACCAACUGCAAAUGAUCUCAGAACAGCACUCUUUAUAUGAUACUAAAAGGUGAACAACAUCUUUAAGAGAGAGGGGCUCAUUUACGAAUGUGUAAAAAUGGGGUUGGCGGCUACCAUUGUGGGCUGCAUCAGAGCAAGUUUGAAUCAAUUGCUGACCAGGAGUAUGUGCUGUAUAUCACUUUUUUUUUUUUUUGGUGGAGGGGGUAUUAUAGAUCUUAUAUUUGAUUCUACAUUCUCUGGGAGUUGGGCAUUACUUCAUGGAACCACUAGAUGGCAGGGUUUCACAGGAGCCUGUGAGUGAGGUUUAACUGGUUGCGAUAAAGAAUGAAAUGCUAGCUCUUGUAGAAUAAACAAACCUGCAACAAUUUGGUGCAGGGAGUUGUAGUACUACAACAUCCAGAGGCAAAAGAUUUGGUAUCACUUUUGGUGAACUUUGCAUUGAACUAAUUUUUUUUUGUGCCUACAGUUGCCCAGUGCUUCUCACUGCGCUCAAACAGGAUCUUUUAAAUGUGUCCCCAUUUAUGCUGCAUCCAAAGUUGCUAUUUUUUACAUUUUAUUUAAUGAUUUAUUUUUUUUUAUCCACCACUGACACCUACUGGACACUCUCCUAACUGCACAAUAGCCACAGUUUAACUCUAUCACCCCAUCUAGACAGUGGGGGUCGCUGAAGCUCUGGCCCUUUAAGGUUGUUGAGCCAAUGGCCUGCCUAGCAGUAUAUAACAGUCUAAAACUGCUAAUAUCUCUGAAUCCACUUAAAAUAGAAAAUGUAAAUGGCAAAAGUGCUUGGGUGCACCCUGAGUUAGUUUACAACAAGAAGUAAUACAGGGGUGGUAAAGUUAAC